AUGGCUAGCUUCAACCACACUGGUGUUAACCAUGUAGUCUUCUAUCUGGUGGGCAUUCCAGGUAGAGAAGACCUACACAUGUGGAUUUCCAUCCCCUUAUUUAUCUCUUAUGUCUUUACCCUCCUUGGAAAUGGUCUUCUCAUCUUCAUUAUCCUCAUCAAGAGCAGCCUCCAUGAACCGAUGUAUCUUUUCCUCUGUAUGCUGGCUGGAGUUGACAUUGUCUUUGCCACAACAACAGAACCCAAGGCAAUGGCCAUUUUCUGGUGCAAUAGUAGGGAAAUCUCUCUUAAUAGCUGCAUUGCCCAGCUUUACUUUCAGCAUUCCUCCUUCAUAUCUGAGUCAGGCAUCUUGCUGAUCAUGGCAUUUGACCGCUACAUUGCAAUAUGUUAUCCAUUGAGGUAUACCAUGAUACUCCCCCACUCUCUAAUAGGGAAAAUUGGUGUGGCUGUUCUGUUGAGAGCACAUGGUACAAUUUUUCCCAUGAUAUUUCUUUUAAAGAGGCUGACUUUUUGCAGGAACAACAUCCUCCCACAUACAUUCUGUGAACACAUUGGCUUGGCCAAGUAUUCCUGUGAUGACAUUCGAGUCAAUAUCUGGUAUGGAUUUUUUGUCUUAAUGUCAACAGUGAUCCUAGAUAUUGUUCUAAUUUUUGUUUCCUAUGUUUUGAUUCUUUGCGCUGUCUUCCGUAUCCCAUCCCGAGAUGCUCGCCACAAAGCUCUCAAUACAUGUGGCUCCCAUGUCUGUGUCAUCAUCCUCUUUUAUGGGCCUGGGAUCUUCUCAGUCCUCACUCAGCGCUUUGGACGCCAUGUCCCACUACAUGUCCAUAUCCUGCUGGCCAAUGUCAGCAUGCUUGCUCCUCCUAUGCUGAAUCCUAUCAUUUAUGGGGUCAGGACGAAACAAAUAAGAGACAAAGUAGUUCAUAUGUUGCUUCCAAAGCAGAAAUGA